AUUGUCUGGAAGAAGAUAAAUUUUUCUCGAUUACUUUGAGGCGCAAUACGUAAAUCAAUUCGGUUAACCAUUGCCAGGGUAAAACUAUCUUAAUCAUGAGAUAUGACGGCAAAAUUUUGAUACUUUCGGGGCAGAUAACUUGAAGUGGAAAUAGCAUCUUAACAGAUAAGCCUCAUCUUAUCGUGCGAACAGUCUCCAUUAAAUGAUAACUCGACAGAAUCGUAAGGUAACAGACACAGAUAGUUCUGUUCCAAACUUCGAUUAACCAUGAAGCGAGCCACUUUCAUUGCCGUAGUGGCAAUCAUUGCUGCCAUCGUCAUUGCUGGACUAGGAGUCGGUCUUUAUUUCGGACUACGGCCAACAUCGCCACGGGCGGCUGUUGCCGGCGGUACAGACGAAUGUAUUGACUUGGGAAUGAAUAUUUUGCUGAAAGGUGGAUCAGCUGUUGAUAGUGCUGUUGGUGUUGCUUUAUGUGAAGGCGUUACAACUCCACAAAGUAGUGGCCUAGGCGGUGGAAUAAUUGCGCAAGUUUUCAUUAAAGAGACUGGAAUCAUCGAAACCUUAAAUGCUAGAGAAGUUGCACCGCUCGCUGCUACUCGUGAUAUGUUCGACGAUGCACCAAGCCAUCAGUAUGGACCGUCAAUUGCUGUACCUGCAGCCCUUAAAGGACUUUAUGCACUGCAUAGCAGGUACGGUAAAAUGGAGUGGAAGGAAAUUGUGCUGAUGGCAGCGGAAAUUGCAGAGAAUGGAUUUGCAGUCACUAGUUUUCUCGACAGAACACUUACGGGACGGAGUGAUCUAUUUAAAUCGCUGCCGCUCUUCAAUAAAACGUUCACUGAUCCACUGACCGGAGAAUUUUACAAAACCGGAGACAUCAUGCACAAUCACAAGUUGGCUAACACUUUAAAGAUCAUUGCCGCAGAAGGCUCCGAUGCCAUUUACGGCGAUGGUUCCUUGGGCCAGAAUUUAGUCAACGAAAUUCAAGACGCUGGUGGCAUUGUGACUAUGGAAGAUCUGCGGCUGUACCAGCCGAAAUGGGGAAAACCUAUCGAAAGUAGACUUUUUAAUGGAAACAGACUGUUCAGUUGUCCACCACCAUCAACGUCAUCGCUGGUGACUUACGUUUUCAACAUUCUUGAAGGCUACAGAUUCCAUGAGCACACACUAGAUUAUUACCAAAACGAGAAUCCAAUUCUUUAUCACAUUUUGGUGGAAGCUUUCAAGUUUGCAUUCGGUAAACGAACGAAACUCGGCGACGAGAUGUCGGAAGGUGUUUUAACUGCAGUUGCCGAGAUGUCUAGUCCAGAAUAUGCAGAAUUUGUCCGUAGCAAGAUUAGCAAUGACACAACAUUUUACGAUAUCGGCUAUUACGGGGCAAAUGCGACCUCCGUUGAGGAUCACGGUACGGCACACUUUUCCAUACUAGCAUCGAAUGGUGAUGCUGUUUCAAUUACUGCCACUAUUAACGACGUAAUGGGAUCCCUGGUCAUGUCAGAGAGCACCGGAAUAAUUUUCAACGACGAAAUGGACGACUUUUCAAUUCCAAAGCCAGGAAACACGAACAUUCCUACACCGGCUAAUUUUAUCACACCUGGAAAGAGUCCUCUGUCGUCCAUGACGCCAGUUCUUGUGUUGGACGAUAAUAACGAUGUUAAGUUAAUUUUAGGCGCUGCUGGUGGGUACAUGAUCCCGACGUCCGUCGUACAAGUUAUUCUAAAUUAUUUGUAUCUCAAUCAAUCACUGCAAACAUCGAUCGAUAUGAAACGGUUGCAUCAUCAAUUGCAGCCGAUGACCAUACGACAUGAGAAUGGUUACGAUUCAAAAGUCUUGGAGUAUUUGAGUGCGAAGGGUCAUGAUCUAACGGAAGCGGCACCUUUAAGUGGAUUUGCGGCAAUUGCUGGAAUCGGAAUUAGGAACGGGCAAAUCGAGGCUGGGAUGGAUGAAAGACGAGGUGGUAAAGUCAAUAUUUUUUAAGUGCUCAGGAGCGACGAUUUUUAGGGAUCUGAUCGGUCACAACAUUGAUUUACUCAAAGGCGCAGGCAGUUAUGAUAAUUUUUGUUACAGCAUCUGCCGAUCAGCUCUACCUAACCACAUUUGUAAUAAAUUUUUCGU